CGUUUGCAUGCCGUUGGCCGCGCACCUGAUCAUGCCCCAGCCAACCACAUGUACAUGUUCCAUACGGCUUCGUGACCGUCAUAUACCUCAAUGAGGCAAGCAGCAUGGCUUUCAGCUUCGGGCCUCAUGAGCCGCCAAGGCGUUGCUAUCAGCUCACAGCUGCAUCUCACUUAGCGGGUUUCACGGUGCUUGCGCAAAACCAGUGCACAGUUUGGUUUCCCAACUAUUUUGCUCAGCCAGCAGGUCGUUUGACAGUAUCAAGAAGAAAGUCCGUUGUGCCCUACAUAUUCCAAGCCUUCUCUUUCGAGUCGGCAGGCCUCAAGACAGCUGGAGUGACUGGAGGAAGGCCAGCUUUGACCUUCUCCUCAAAGAGCGAGUCGACCAAGGAGCUAAGUUUUGCGCUGCCAUCUUCAUCCCAGAGCCCUUCCUGGUUGUCAGGACAUGGAGACCAUUCAAGGGUCUGAUGAGGUUCGCGUGUGCCCACAUGCACGGCUCUUCCUGGCCAGGCCAGCGCGACUUGAGCUUGAACUUCCCUGGUCAGAGGAUCCGGGCAAGAAGCCGCCUUGCAGCAUCAGUUGGAGGUUUUUUUGGUGAGGCACUGUCAAACCCGGGAGCUGUGCAGCCUGGACAGCGGUCCGCACUUUUCGAUAUCCGCUGGCCCUCAGCUGCACCUCUUUCAACUUCGAAUUCGGGAGACCAGCUGCGAGGUUGAGAAAACGGCUAUGCGUUUGCCAAUGCAGGGAUUAUCCCAGUUUCUGGUGUGACACCUUCGAGCAAGUAGUCCUGGCAAACCAGGCCUGCAGCGGAUUGGAAUGAUUGGCGGCCUUGGCGACAGCAUGGGGUCUAGCACGAAAAAAGG